UCUUCCUCGAAGACUUGUGAAAUAUAUGUGUGAACACUAUUUCAACUUUAUCCGUAGACUUCUGAAAUAGUAUAUGUCGACACUAUUUCAAAACUUUAUCCGUACUAUUGACCUAAUCAAACUUGACUAAAGAACUAAACAAAUAUCUCUUUACAGUUUAGAAUUGAUCAGUCUCUCCCUUAAUCAGUCUCUCCCUUGCUCUAUAAAUGAUUUGCGUCCAUAUUUGUAACCCUAUUCAACUCCAGACUCCCCCUUCUUCUUUAUUUUUGUGACUCACAUAUAUAUUUAAUCAUGACGAGUGGGCUUGUUACUAGUUCUAGGGUUCCGACCUCGACCGUCCUCUUUGUGUGUAUGCUCGUGGCGGCGGUCCUUCCGGUAGCGGUGGUAGGAGAGUGCACGUGCGACUUGGAGGAAGAAGAUAACAACAAGAGCGAAGCCCUAAAAUAUAAGCUUGGAGCGUUUUUUUCGAUUCUAGUGGCGGGUGCAGUUGGGGUGUAUCUUCCUAUUGUUGGGAAGAGCGUACCGGCUCUGAGCCCGGAGAAAAACGCGUUCUUCGUAGUGAAGACUUUUGCAGCGGGUGUCAUUCUCGCCACGGGCUGCGUUCACGUCCUUCCCGAUGCAUUCGACAAAUUGACUUCGCCAUGUCUUAAAGGCAAAGUCUGGGAAUUCCCUUGGGGUGGUUUCGUUUUCAUGGUGGUGGCAAUCUUAACUUUGAUGCUUGAUAAACUUGCCACUUCUUACUAUACUCAAUCGCAACUGGCCAAGUCCGGCGCUGGUCCUGUGAAUGUCGACGGGGAGGAGAACGGAGAACACGCCACUCAUGUCGUCCCCGUUCAAACCCACGCCACUCAUGACGUCCCCGUUCACACCCACGCCACUCAUGGACAUACUCAUGGAUCUGCAAUGCUUUCCUCUGUAUACGGUGGCCCAGUUUCCAAAGAGCUUAUUAGGUAUCGUGUUAUUGCUCAGGUUUUGGAACUGGGAAUUGUGGUCCACUCCGUAAUUAUUGGAUUAGCUUUGGGUGUUUCAGAGAGUCCAAAAACAAUAAAGCCUCUGGUUGCAGCCCUAUCAUUCCAUCAGUUCUUUGAGGGCAUGGGUCUUGGUGGAUGCAUUACUCAGGCAAAACUCAAGUGCCGUGCUAUAACAAUCAUGGCAUUGUUUUUCUCCCUCACAACGCCGGUUGGGAUUGCGAUCGGCAUUGCAAUAACUAACGUUUACAAGGAGAACAGCCCGGUGGCUUUGAUAGUAGAAGGUAUGCUGAAUGCAGCUGCGUCGGGGAUCUUGAUAUACAUGUCCCUCGUCGAUCUUCUUGCUGCGGAUUUCGAGAACCCGAGAAUGCUAGCCAACAUGAAGCUUCAAAUGGUUGCAUAUGCUUCACUACUAUUCGGAGUUGGAUGUAUGUCUCUCUUAGCCAAGUGGGCUUAAUGCUUGGUUGGGCACUUCAAAUAGUCAAUUUUAACGGCUUAUGUUGUUUUGGGCUUAAUGCUUGCUUGGGUUGCUUUGUUAUAUAUUAGGAGUUUUUAAAUAUUCAUCUUCUUUCCCCACCUCAUGUAAGUAUUUAUCCAGGCCAUUUUGAACCAUUAUGUAUUCAUCCUUUCGAUGUGUGAAAUAUCCUUAAUUAUUACCCCUCUA